AUGGCCCCUGCGGCCGGCCGCCGGGGCGCGUGCGCGGCCGGUGGGCACAUGCGCGGUGAGCGCGGCGUGGCGGCGCCUGCGCGGUGCGCGGGGGGGAGGGGCCGCGGGCUGAGGCGGCGGGUUCCGCGGGCUGAGGCGGCGGGUGCCGCAGGCUCGGCGAGUACCUUUACCGGCGCCCUGCGGGCCAGUCCCGCCGCCGCUCCCUCCUCCGCCUCCUCCUCCUCCUCCUCUUCCUCGCCGCCGCAGUUGGCGCUGCUCGUCAUGCAGCCGUGCGGCGGCGAGGAGGCGGCGGCGGCGGCGGCGGCGGCGGGGGGGUGCGUGUUGCCGCUGCCGGGCGCCGACCCGCCGCUACCGCCCACCGGGAGCGGCGGCCUCAUGUUAUUCUACGAGCUGGGGGGCCCCGGCGACGGCGAGGCCGAGGCGGGGGGGGAGGAGGCCGAGGUGGCGGGCGGCGAGAGCACGGCCAGUCCGGAGGAGCUGGAGGAGGAGGAGGCGGCGGCGGCGGUGGCUGCUUCGAGCGGCGAAGCGGCGGCGGGCGGCGGCUGCAAGAGCUGCACCUACCAGGGCUGCAGCGAGACCACCACGCAGGUGGUGAAGCAGCGCAAGCCCUGGAUGUGCAAGCGCCACCGCAACAAGAUUUACAAGGACAAAUACAAACGCAAAAAAAGCGACCAGGCCCUGGGGGGCGGCGGGGCGGCCGCCGCGGGGGGCGGCCAGCGGGCCGAGGAUAGUGUUGAAGGUUCAGUUUCUGCUACAAAACAGAGAACAGGAUCCAUUGGAGAUCGCCCAGCAAGACCUACGCUUUUAGAACAAGUAUUGAAUAAAAAGAGGCUGUCCCUACUCAGAAGUCCAGAGGUAGUGCAGUUUCUCCAGAAACAACAGCAACUCUUAAGUCAACAGGCUUUGGAACAAAGGCAGCAACAGUUUCAAGGAGCACCUGGGUAACCAGAACAGAUCAAUGACUUGCAGAUGAGUCUGGUGCUGGAGGAGGAAUAGGAGGUGUAUUUUAUAUAAAUACAAAGAAUCUCAGUGUUUAAAGGAAAACUAAAGUGGCUGCUGUUACAUGUUUUGCUUUUUUGUUGUUUGCACUUUUGAGGCUUUGAGCUGCUUGGGUGUCUGCAAACUCAUGAGAAAAUCUGGAGGAGUCUAUUUUUUGAUUCUUCUUAAAACUUCAUUUUAAUGUUUAAUUUUUAAUAGAAAUUUGUUUAUAGUAAUGUUUAGCUGUACACCCUUUUCCUACCAAAGUCUUCCACUAAAUUAACAUUUUUCUAUAUAAGGCUUUACUGUUAAACAAGUCACUCUUUGAUGACAAUCAUUGAAGGAAAUCAGUUACUUUCUAUGGAAGUUGUGAAAUAAAGUCCUGAAUUUGAGCCAGUCCAGUGGCAUGACCUAACAGCAGUUGCUCAGGGGCAUGAGAAACUUGUGUCCAGUGGAAUCUUGCACUACAGGCUAAAGACAACCUGCCAACAAAAAAGUUGAUCCAGUGGCUCAGAAAAGGGCAAAUCAGGUGAUCCUCCUGCUAUAUAUUUGUUGUGUGCAAGUUGAGUAGGUUUGAAAUGCUUAAUUGUCUGUGCAAAGCACAAAAAAGAAUUUGUGUUUAAAAGUUCCAAAAGAGAUAAAUGGCUUUAGAGAAGAAUUAGGUGGAAUGUAUGUGGCUGAGAGUUGGGCCUUGUCUUGUGGAGUUACUUGUAAGGACCAACCUCUUAUACAUGAGAACUUAAUUACAGAUGAGAAUAUCACUCAUUUUUAAGUGACUAAAUUAAAUUUUAAAGCGCUUAACUCAUAAUAGCAAGUGCGUCCAAAAACUAGAAUGUAAUUCUGUUUUUUUUCCUUUAUGCAGCCUUUUUCAUCUAAAAAAGGUAUAGUUAAAAUUUGUCUAUUAAGACAACCGAUAUUUAAUCAGGUCUAGUGCUGGACUUCUCAGGUUUUCAGCCAAUUCAGAUGAAUUUGCAAUUGAAUGGGUGUAAGAAUCCAAAUACUAUGCCAUGUUUUGUUUUUAAAACAAAGUUUUGAAUUAACCUCUGUUCAGAAAUGUGGUUUAUCUGAGUGGUGCAGGUGCUUAUUAAAGGACUGCUUUGAUAUUGCAGCAGUUUGAUCUGCUAAAUAAUCUCUCUUCAGGAGUAUUUGUUAGUCUUACGAAUUUUUACAACCUGCUCUGUGUAUGUAUAGAACUUGUUCAGUAUGGAUUUAUUGUAUUUAGCAUUGUGCAAGUUGUUCUUUAAAAAAAAUGUAAAAACUUUGCGUCAGCAGUUCUGGACCAAUAAGUGUUUGAGUAAAAUCUUUUGUUUUCUUUAAAAAAA